AUGUUUGACAUUAAGCUGAAUAGGAAGACAACAGAGUUUCUGCGAAAGUUCAAGAGCAGUGGAAGAUCAAACAAAAGUAUUGAUGAGGAUAUUGAGGUGUUUUUACAAGGGCACGCUGUCCCCAUCAAUUCACUGCUAUUUUAUGUAAAGGAGUACACGAAGGAUAAUGAUUUGCCCUGCUCAAUGAGAGAACUGUUGACACCACUCGAAUUCGAAUUCAAACCAAAAGUUGCCAAAGGUUCGCAUUAUUCAGAGAGUUUUAAGAAGAAUUUAGAGUUUUUAAAAUAUCAGGAACAAGAGCUUGAAUACCAAACAAUGGUCAAGAGAAAUAAACCUAUCUCGUCACUUCGAGAAGAAGACGAGCUUACACCUUCGCAAAUCAAUAAGCAAAUUAAAGAACAAGUUACUACUGUUUUCAACGUUCUUGUAAGUGUCGUUUCUGUUGUCGUGGCUAUUUGGUACUGGACCGGGACCUCUACAAAUUUCCCAGUACAUGUUCGUCUCUUAUUGUGUCUAUUUUUUGGGAUAUUAGUCUUAGUAGCAGAUGUGGUUGUUUAUAACAGUUACUUAAAGAAGCUUGAAGAAGCGAAAGUGAAAGAGAGAGUAAAAGUUGAAAAAAAGAAAGUGCUGAAGAAGAUCACGCUGUAA